GCGGAUUCUCCUUUAGCCCCCGAACUUACUGCAGAGGCACUUCCUGUGAAAGUGAAAAUUCCACAAAUCGGCAUGUAUGAUGGGACAUCAGAUCCAAAUGCACAUUUAGGCCAUUAUAUGUCUUGGAUGGAUUUACAUGGGGCUUCAGAUGCUUUGAGGUGUCGGAUGUUUUCACUUACACUGGGGCCACGAGCCCAAAAAUGGUAUUACACUCUCCCACCUCAUUCGAUUUGGAAAUGGCAACAGUUACGUGCAGCCUUCCGAUCACACUUUAUCGGUGCUCAAAUUUGUCUCAUUCCGAAAGAAUCGAUUACCAACAUUGUGCAAAAGGACGACGAGACUGUUAAAGACUACGUGGCUAGGUUCAACGACCGAAUUCAGAACAUGGAGCCCUGUCAUCCUGAAACUUUGUUAGUAACCGCUAUUGCUGGACUGAAGCCCAACUCAAAUUUUCGUUGGACCUUGUGUCAAAAUAAGCCUGCUACAUUUCAAGAGUUUCUUGUGCGAGCUCAACAGUUCAUUAUUGCUGAAGAAUCCAUGUCGGUUCCCAGUUUCGACUUUUCGGUGAAAGAAAGCAAGGCUGAACCGGAUACUAAGAAGAAGAACAAGAAGAACUUUUGGAAAGCACAAUUUCGUAACUCCUCUAAAGGAUAUGAGAAUACUCCUGAGUCUCGGGCUGCUCGUGAUCAGUAUUCAGACAACGUCAGGACAGGUUAUCAUGCCGUUUAUUCCGCCGGAGCAGCCACCAUAUAUGAAAAACUGAAAGGGAAGGGAAUUAUACCAGACCCGAGGCCUGUGAGAACUCCCGAAGACAAGUUGGACAAAACCCGGUAUUGUGCGUACCAUAAGUCUCCAGGAUACAAUACCUAUGAGUGUCUCGGUCUUUUGUCGGCACUCUUAUGUUUAAUCGGACAACCCCAGCUUCAAAAGUCUCGAAAUUUUGAUAACCGCCGGAAAGGAAGGCCCUUGGAUCUUUCAGACGAUGAAGAUGAGGACAACCGACCUGCUAACCAGAAAAGGGCUCGUGCAAACGAUAAGGAAGUUUUUACGUUUUCUACUCAUGUCGGAACCUCGACAAAUAACCACAGGAAACCUAAGAUGCGUGAUCCCGUAGAUUCUUCACAUUGUAUACCUCGAGUCAACUCCAAUAACAAACAGUUAGAUACGUCUCGACGGAAAAUCAAAGCCUAUGCCCGGGAGGCACAGAAUGCCGAGAAACGAGUCAUGAAUGUUGAUCUUCGAGAUACCAUCAACAAACGGAAUUGCCCUAUCACGUUCAGUAUUGAAGACGCUAAUUUAUUCGCUCAUCCUCAUUCCGAUGCUCUUAUCAUAACCGCCCCGAUUGGGGGGAUUCCUGUUCAUCGGAUCUUG